AAAACAGCAACACUCUCACAUCGAUCCAAGUGAUUCCUUGUCAAUACCAAAUCAAUUCUAUUUGAAUCUAACAAUUCAUACUCAAAAAUAUGUCAUUUUCAUCCUUUAGAAAACCUGGAACUUCUCAAAUCCAAUCUGCUGCUCAUAAAAAACUGCCUGCUACAAGAGUGUCUGCUCAUAAUGGUCAAACCUUGACUUCUACUGGAAUCCCUUCUCUUGACGAUACAUUUGGUGGAGGACUUCCUUUGGGCUCUCUCUUGCUAAUUAAAGAAGAUCGUUUUACUGGCUAUGCCAUGCUUGCUCUCAAGUACUACAUGGCUCAAGGCAUUGCUUCCAACCAUGCAAUCCUGUUUGCUUCUGGCUCCACUACUGCCAAUACUGCAUCAGAUCUGGAUCCAAUAUUCUCCGAUCUCAUGGCUGUGGUCAAGCCAUCUGCUGGUCAUGAGCAAGAUGAUGGCUCCAGUGGUGUCGACUAUGUUCCGCUUCCAUCUGGCUCUAUCAUGACUCCCAAGUUUACUAGAGCAUUGGGUGCGCUUCGUUCAAGCAGUCGUGGCUCCGUUUCUGCAAUUCCAUCUGCAUCUUCCGAUUCUUCUGAUCAGCUCGAUAUUGCUUGGAGAUAUCAAGCUAUGCCUAAAUUCAACUCCCAAGUUUCCAACAGUGUCCAAUCUUCAUCAGGCCAACUAUACUGCCGUGUAUUUGACUUGACCAAACGCAUUGAUCCAGAAUUACUGACUCGUUCAUCCAUUCAAUGCUACAAUGGUCCGUCACUUUCAGUAGAUUCUCCAAAUAUGUUUAGAAAUUUGCUAGAAAAAAUUCAAUCUGCUAUUGUCGACGGAGGUUUUAGUACUUGCGGUGAUACAGAAAAGGCACAGACAUUGCUUAGGAUUGCAAUUAGAUCUUUUGUUUCUCCAGAAUGGACUGUAUCAAAUGAUCCAGAAAGCCUUUUGUACAUCAAAGAAGCAUGCUUGUUUUUGCACUCUCUUAAAUCUAUACUUCGCAACACACAGGCAGUCUGUGUGGUCACAGUUCCUGCAUAUUUAUAUGAGGAUUUUUACAGAAUCCGGGCUGAUCCACUCAUUCGAAGACUCGAAUACACUGCGGAUGCAGUAAUUGAAAUAGAGUCUUUUGCAGGAUCGCCUAAACCAGUAAACCCCUUAUACGCAACAGAGUAUCAUGGCUUAAUUCAUCCGCACCGUACAUUUGGCUUAAACUCACACAAGGAAACGUCGCGACUAUCACCAGUGGAGUUGCACUCACUCGCAUUCAAGGUGCGACGCAAACGGUUUUUAAUCGAAACUUUUACUCUUCCGCCAGAAGAUGCGCAAGAUGAAUCAAAUGAGUCCAAAUCUGCUAAAUCGUCAGCUGGACAAGAAACCAAUACAUCUAGACAGCAUAGCUCAUCGAUUCCAUCUGGCGCAGCACGGUCUCGACCCAGAGGUUCUGGUCCAUCGUGUGGAGCAUCUACAUCUGGAGUAUCUAGUGUUCUGGAUUUUUAAAUCAAUUCAAUAAAGCCACAUUUAUGC